GCAGAUGUUGUGCAACAGCUGGGAGUUCUGCUUAGAGAGGCACGCUGUUCCUCCUGAGACAGAGCAGAUAUGAACUGGGACGAAGGAAGGCGGCGCAUGUGGUCGCUUUUCACGUCUCCGACGCGCAAUGAACAAAACAUAACUCUGAUCUUUGCGCUUUUACGAAACACAGCGUGUUGUUGACAGCUGGAUGUUGUAGCUCGCGCCAGGGGGAAUGGGUUUGUUUUUUUACACAGCUGGGCCUGUCAGUCCCACAGAGGCGACUCUCGACCAGCAGGCACAACAAUGUGUCGGGAAGAAUAACCAGAGCUACGUUUGUGAGUCAGGGCACUGCUGUGAAGACCAACAGUGCUGCAACUACUUCUUUGAGUUAUGGUGGUUCUGGCUGAUGUGUGCCAUUGUCUUCAUCCUGACCUGUUGCUGUGUGUGUCGUCACCGCCGCAUCAAACACAGGCUGCAGCAGCAGCAGCGCCAGCAUGAGAUCAACCUGAUUGCCUACAGAGAGGCUAGCAACUACACCUCACCUCCAUUCUACUUCAGGUUUCUACCAAGCUAUCUCCUUCCUGACUAUGAGGAUGUAACAAAUAAUCCUUUAACCCCACCACCUCCUUACUCUAACUCAAACUCCGGACCUCCAGCUUGUACCAGCAAUGACCAGGAGGAGGCGCAAUGUCCAUCUGGACAGACCACUCCUGUGCCCACAUCAUCAAUAGCACUGUGCUCCAGUCCUGACAUUGUGGGGCAUUCCUCCAGGGAGAACCAACACAGAGAUGAUAGGAGAGACACAGAAACCAUGUUAAAGCAGGAUAUGGAUCCCAAGGACCAGGAAUGUGAUCUUGAAAUACCUGAAGAGGAGAAGGAGGGGCUCAUGGAAAGACGGCGUCACUUUACAGGUGACUCUGGCAUCGAAGUGUGUUUGUGCAGCCGAGGAACCGGGACUCACAGAUCUAAAGAGCUUGAGGUGCUGUUUAACAAUGAAGGCCAUGGCAGCUCGAUGGAGUUUUGCGAUAGCUGUGGAGCUAGAGAUGAUAAAGACAGGGAGCAGGGGACAGAGCUUGAGGCAUCACCACCAACACCACCACAGCUUCAUCCUCCCUGCCUGUAUUUGCAUACCAUUAAUGAGCAGGAGGGGCCAUAGGAGGGUCAGAGCUGCGGGGGAUGAUACCAAACAUAAAGAAAAACAGAGACAUAACAGUGCCCACCAUGUUUUGUGGUUACAGUAGGUGUAAGCCUUUUGACAAUCUGAUGGUUGAGUGAUUUUUGUGUAGUGACAGCUGUGGAUCCAAAGUCUGUCCUAGAAACACUGGUGGAAAUACUUCCUGGAUGGGACUCCAGGCUUUCAAUCCACUUUCUGGCAGGUUUUAGAAGGUUGGAUGAAACUGUGAGCGGUAAAUUCAGAUAAUGACAAGAUCCAAAGAUUACACAAGUUCACCAGAAUUGUUUGGUUUAAUUAGCCAGUUGGGUUCAGCUGGCAGUUCACAGGGAUAGCAAUGAUCUACCGUCAUAAAAUUUGUACACUAUUUUCAUUUAUGGCCUCUGUUGUUUAUGUAACUUGGCAGGAACUGGCCAUCGGGAGUGAUAUUUACAAAGGAUCCUUGGACCCUGCAGAUCACACCUUGUAGUUAUAUGUACAUGUUGAUUUUCAUCAAGCUGUGCAACUUUUAAUUUAAACCUUUAUAAAUACCUUAAUGUUGUGCUAGCUAAACGGGCCACUGCUUUGCGCUUUGUUAAUCUCACCUGACAAAACAGACGAAUUAAGAUGAUUGAUGAUUGUAAUUGAUUUUAUUGUAUUAUUGUUGUCUGAAUUAUACAAAGUUCUAAAUAAAAAGUUGAUUUCGAAAGCCUA